AUGGACGCCUGGGAGCCGUGGGGCGUCGACGGCGUGCCGAGCGCACGCGAGCUCGUGCAGGGCGAGCGUGUGAUCACGACGCAGGCCGGCGUCGGCCUGUACGAUGGAGGCGCCAAGUCUGCGGCGCGCAGCUCUGGCACGGUCGUGCUGACGACGCACCGGCUCGCGUACAUCGACGCCCGUGCGCCGCGCAUGCAGUCGGCGUUUGUGCGCCUCGCGCAGGUCCGGCAGACGGAGCACUACGCGGGCUUUCUGCGCAGUAGUCCCAAGGUGGUGCUCGCGUAUGUGUGUGAGCGGCGCGUCGCGUGGACGUGCGCGCUGUGCCACACGUUCCACGAUGCGGCGACGCUCGAUGACCGGUGCCGGACGUGCGGCGCUGCCGCGCCGCGCGCCGACGAGGAGGACAGCGCCCGCACAUGCUCCGUGUGCACGUUUGCCAACCACGCGGCGCUCACGCGCUGCGAAAUGUGCGAGGCACCGCUGCACGCGGCCCAGCCGACUGUGUCGCUCAAGCUGAGUUUUCGCCAGGGCGGCGACUCGCCCUUUUAUCUUUCGCUCCGCGAGACUAUACAGGCGCGCGCAUGGACGGUGCGUGCGGCGGCUCCAACGCUGGGCGUCUCGGUCGCGCACGUUGAUGCGGCCCCCCCUACUGGCGCAUCGCCUGAGGCCCUGGCGGACCUGCAAGUGCUGAUGCGCCGCGCGCGCGAGAUGGUCGACAUGGCCGAGUCGCUGCGCACGCAGUUCGAGCGCACACAGGCGCGCGACGACUCUGAGCAGGUCGAUACGAUGCUCCAGUCGGCCAUGGUGCAGUUGGGUCUCGCGGCGCCGGCCGUGACGCCCGAUAUGGUUCGCAAUGAAAAGGCCUACCAUCGCGCGCUGGCGUGCGAGCUGGCAGGUGUGCUCCUGGGCGAGCAUGGUGUCCUAGGCCCCGGGCACGUCGUGCGCAACGAUGCAGCGCCGAUCGAGGUGGCCCCUGCGGCGGACACGGGCCGCGGCCUUCUGGCCCUCGACGAGCCCGCGCGUCUCAGUGCGUGUGCUGCGCUCGGGGUGGACCGUGCUGCACACGCCGCGUUUUGA